AAAAUUAGUGUUUUAGUGGAAUGAGCUUACACUACAGUGGAAUGAUGGUAAGCUGUUGGAAUGCUGAUGAACAAAAUGAAUACUUUGGGAAUUUAGUUUGCUGAUCCCUAUUCUUAAUGGUACAUGGCACCUUUUAUUCAGUUGGCACUAAACACUAACAUGUAAACCAGAAUGUACAAAAGUGCGCCUCAUACAAGGCGAUGAGAAAUCCACAAAGACAUAGCACUGACCUUGUAUUCACAAGCCUGCAGAAACAGAGAGCUUCAAUAAGAGUAGUCUGCAUUUUAAUUAUUCAGUAUUUAUAUUCCACCGCUUCACAGAUCAAAAUCCUAUUGCCCUUCUUGAAGAAAUGGUUAUUUCGAGAGUCAUGCUGUUGAUGGGAAUUGCUGAUUCUCUCUGCUGUCAGCCAUUUUCAGAAGCAAAUGGUUACCACUCCAGUCUCCAUGACCAAUCUGCUUUCUCUGCAGCCAGGACCAGCAGCAUGAUGGGAGGUUUCCAAAAAGCAGUUACAUUUGACAAACUUUUGGUUAACAUUGGGAAUGACUUCCAGCCAGACACGGGCAGGCUCAUAUGUAGAAUCCCUGGGGCUUAUUAUUUCUCAUUCACCGUUGGAAAGUAUCCAAAAAAGAUGCUCUCGGUCAUGCUGAUGAAGAACAGAUACGAGGUUCAGGCAAUGGCCUUUGAUGAGCAUCGGCAAAAGAAUCGCAAGGUGCAGAGCCAAAGCUUGAUGCUGAGGUUGGACGUAGGUGACACUGUCUGGUUGUUGCUGCACGGUAACUCAAAGUACGCCCUGUAUAGUAACAUAGGGUCAUACACAACCUUCACUGGCUACCUGGUCUAUCCAGAAUUGCCACCCUGUUGGCUAGGCAACAGUCUGCCUUUACUCCGCAUCACUUCCAACAGCUCCCAUUCCAUUGCUAAACCGAAAAUAAGCCAAUCCACUCUCAGCUGCCUCACGGCUCAGCCAAAGGGCAGCCUUCCUUCUGCAUUUUCUGCAGCCAGAACAACGUCACUGCUUGGGGAGAACACGGAGAAUCUGCGAUACAAGGCAGUUACAUUUGACACAGAGUACAUCAACAUUGGCAAACAUUUUGACAAGCUGAGUGGUUUCUUCACAUGCCAGAUCUCAGGUGCCUACUAUUUCUCCUUCAAUGUCGGGAAACAUCCCCGGAAGGCCAUCUCCGUUAAGCUGAUGAAGAAUCUCAGUGAGGUGCAGGCCAUGAUUUUUGACGAAGAUGACAGUCAGCGCAGGGAGAUGCAAAGCCAGAGUGUAAUGCUCCAGCUGGCUGCAGGUGACAAAGUGUGGCUAUACAGCCAGCAGCACCCACGCUUUGGUUUGUACAGCAACCAUGGCAAGUACAUCACCUUCACUGGAUUCCUCAUUUAUCCAGACCCAAACAUCCUACAGAGUCGUGGGUCUACAUGACUGUGUUAAACUGCUCAGCAAUUAUAGACAUUCUGCUUUAAUUCCAAAUGCAUACAGCAGUCAGCAUGCCUGAAUUUUACUGUAAAAGUAUCUUUCGUUGCAGCUUUGUACCUAACUACAGGGUGAUAGUUUAGUAUCUUAAAGAAGAUUUGAACUAUACAACACUACAGCAUAGAAGGUCAUUUAGGUCAUCAGAUGUGCUUCAACACCUUAAAGGUGCAAUCCAGUUACUCCUGCUCUGUAUCAAUGUUUGCUCCUUUCAGCAUGCAUCAGUUCCCUUUAAAAGGCCAACAUGAAU